CUUCCUCGGGAUAGAUUAAUCCCUCUUUCUUCCUCUUCUAGCUCGCCAUCGAUCAACGUCCUCGUGUUUCACAGUGAUCGGAGGCUGCGUUGCCCUAGCCGGCGCCGGCGAGCGCGUCGCGAUUCCCUCCAGGUAAAGCGAAUGUGAUUCGCGUCGCGGCAGUCAAUCGAGCGAUAUUACGAGAGAAAUCCAGCGGCAGGGACAAUGAAGGGAAAUCUCCAGCCGCCAGAGCUCGUGAGGGAGAUGUUUGAUGAGGCUGCCGGCGGGGGCACGGUCAUAAAUGCCGCUGGAAUGGCGCGUUUCUUGGAGAGAUUUCAAGGCUGUGACCCGAGCUUGAGCCAGAGCACAGCGUCCGAGAUUAUGUCUAGGCUGGCGCCGCAGGGCCUGGAUCUCACGAGCUUCAUCCACAAAUUUCUCCUCGAUCCAGCACUCAAUGCUGCAAUGCUUGGCACGAAGAAGCCAAGCCACGACAUGACUGCUCCACUCUCACAUUAUUACAUCCAUACAAGCCACAACUCGUACCUCAAAGGAAACCAGCUCACCUCCAAAUCGUGCUCGUCGCCCAUUGUCUUGGCGCUGCAAAAUGGCUGCCGUGUCAUCGAGUUGGACUGCUGGGAGCACAAAGGCAAGGUUAUGGUCUUCCAUGGCGGCACGCUGACGAGGGCUGUUCCAUUCGAUGUCUGCGUAGCGUCUAUAAAGGAGCACGCUUUUGUAGCGUCGGAAUACCCAGUGAUUGUCACUAUUGAAAAUCAUUUGCCACCGGCUUUACAACAGGAAGCGGCCAAGAUACUUCGAGAGCUCGUUGGCGAUGCAUUGUAUAUACCGGCUUCUGAGACGCCCCCGACAGAGUUUCUGUCACCCUGGGAGCUCAGGAAAAAGAUAAUCAUCUCGGACAAGCCUCCAAAGGAGCAUUUAGCCAAGCAGGUUGCCCGGGAUCCAGAGGGCGCUGUGGAAGCUAUUACUCCAAAUCAUCGACACAGCGGCUCAGAGAGCAGCUUCUCAAGCAGUUCAUCGGAUGAAGAAGAAGAUAGAAAACAUCGCGGCAAGCGUAAUGUUACGAAAGCUGCGGAAGCAAUGGCUGCCGCCAGUUUGCACGAGGAACAUCCUGAAGUUCCCAAAAUCCCGGAGCUACAGCACUUGCUGUACAUCUACUGCGCCAAACCGUCGGAGAUGAAGGAAGCUCCUGUCAAUGGCGAACUUGUCUCCACCAGCACUGCAAUCAUGGCCAACAUGAGCGAGCCCCAGCUAAAGAAAUCAGUGCUCUCGAAUCCAUUUUCUCUCAUCCAGUACACAAAGAACAACUUGGGCCGAAUGUACCCGUUCGGCCUCCGCUUUGAUUCCUCGAAUGCGGAUCCAAUGCUUGCUUGGAGUCAUGGAUUUCAGUUGGCCGCGUUAAACUUGCAAGGAAAAGACCGUCCGUGCUGGGUUGCUCGAGGUUUCUUCCUUGGAAACGGAGGCUGCGGCUACAUCAAAAAACCCGACUGCUUUCUCAGCGACGUCCCACACGACAGCAACGUCAAAUCUACACUCAAGGUGAGAGUCUUGACAGGCACCGACUGGCACAAGCGAUUCGAUCUCUUCUCCAAACCAGAUUUCUACGUAAAGGUUGCGGUGCAUGGAGUUGCGGCCGACAAGCUGAAAAAGAGGACCAAAGUCGCGCACAAGACGCAUCAUCCAAACUGGGAAACCGAGGUGUUCGAGUUCCCGCUAACAGUCCCGGAGAUCGCCGUGCUGCGAUUCGAGGUGUGGGAGCACGAUCGAAUGCGGAGAGACGAUUUCGUGGGGCAAGCUUGCAUCCCCGUCCCGGAGCUGGAGCAAGGAAUUCGCGUUGUGCCACUCCACUCCAAGCGGGGCGAGCCAAGGAGCUCCAAGCUCCUCUGCCACUUUCACCACCAGUAGAGGUGAAAGAUUCAAACGUGAGAGCAUAUCCAGAGGAAAUUCACGUGCAUGGUCUGAAAUGCGACCCACCCGACUCUUUUUCACCACCUGUAAGAUAAGAACACGGUUUCUCAAAUAGGCGGCCAGCUUGAUCCAGCCAACCCCACAGGCAAAACUGUUUUUUUUUUUUUUCUGUGUUUUGUUGACCAUCUUAUUGACUUUUUGUUUUCUAUGGUUUUGGUCGUUGUUCGAUUGAUCCGUUACUUUUACUCCUUUUUUUUUUCUGUGGUUUUGGAUGAUCGAUCAUGAUCUGUAACUUUACAACUCUUUAAUAUAGCAAAGAGAAGAUA